AAAAAGCAAGAAAGGAGUACUGCGUCCAGUCUGUACUCCUGCAGGCUCGCCUCUUUCCAAAAUUUGCCAAAGCUGGAAUUAAUACUGCCAAUAUUGACCAGUUCAAUUGGGAGUUUGAGACCUCUAGGAUGAUCACUGGAUCAUGAACACUAAGCCUAUAUAUCAGCAGGCAUAAGCAACAAGUUCCAGUCCACCAAACACACGACAUAAGCAGUCAAGAAGAAGAGUAGCAUAGCAUGGCUGCGAGUGAUCUCACCAAAGGGCGAGUUCAUGUCCUUCCUGGUCGUCGUGUACGUCGCGACGUCGGCCGGCUCGCUGUUCUGCAGGCUGAUGUCGUCGAUCGCCUCCCCGGAGGCCGCCGCCGCCCGUCGGCGAUCCGGCGGCCUGAACGACGCCGUCACCUGCGCGGUCUUCGCGGUGCUCACGGCGGCGUCGCAGGCCUUCAUCGCGUGCUUCGUGGAGGAGGCCGUCGGGCCCGCGCCGCCGGCGACGACGACGAGGGAGGAGAGGUGCGCCGCGUGGGCGGUCGGCGUCUUGACCGGCGUCGUCACCUCGCUGUGCAUCUCCAGCUACUUCUUCACCUACAUCGCCGCCGGUGGAGUGGCGCCGACGUCGCUGCAGUGGACGAUCGCCGCCGUCUUCUCCGACGCCAACUUCGUCUUCGUCACGCCCACCAUCAUGCGUUUCAUUGGCAGGUUCAACAGUGCCAGGGAUGACUAGAUGUUCCAGGAAGAUGGAUGAGUAGUUUUUUGGAGUUGUCUGAUUCAGGAGAUGGAUGCUUGAGUCGUCGUCAUGCAUGUUGUUUGGCUGCUGCCUACCUAUGCAUGUUUUACCGGUUUUGAUUACCUUGAUGUUGUUUUUGUUUCUCUUAUGCCCGUGAUCUUGCUGUGUUCUUGAUCUUGCCGGGUAAUUAAACUUCUAAGAUGUGGCCUUGGAAUGUUGUAUGCCGUAUGCGGCUCCAUUUGAUGAUCUAAUCUACCAGUUUGUUUAUUUUGGUAUU